UGCGCCGUGACGCUGACGCCGGGGAGGCUGCGAUGACGACGGGAUUCCACAGUGGGACGGGCCGACUCUGCAAAUGGCUACAAGGUGCAAUUUGUCGAUUUGUUCAUCGUUAAUCUCUUCUCCUGCGGUUCGAAAGAAAACGUACAUCCGCUCUACUUCGCAGGCAGCCUUCAGGUGUCAGUGUCAUAACACUGAGUGACGCCAGCUGCGUGGGUUCAUCCAAAAUAAACCUUACCUUAUUGCUUUUGAGAGUUUGACUGAAGUCAGCAGGAGAGGUCGUACGAGUGGUAGAAGACACGAGUGUUGCACCCGCACUCCUUCACCGGGGCUAUGGAGGAGGAGGGGCAGCAAAGUCUGGAGUGCAUCCAGGCCAAUCAGAUCUUCCCUCGCAAGCCCCCUGUCCUGGAGGAAGAGGAUCUUCAGGUGCCCUUCCCAGAACUGCAUGGCGAGUUUACGGAGUAUGUGGGCAGGGCAGAGGAUGCCGUCAUCGCCAUGUCCAGCUACCGCCUGCACAUCAAGUUCAAGGAGUCGGUUGUUAAUAAUUGUUCGUGUGAGGUGUCAGUUCCCCUACAGUUGAUAGAAUGUGUGGAGUGUCGGGACAUGUUUCAACUGCACAUCACCUGCAAAGACUGCAAGAUCGUCAGGUGUCAGUUUUCCACAUUUGAGCAGUGUCAGGAGUGGCUGAAGAGGUUGACCGCCGCGGUCCGUCCCCCGUCCCGAAUAGAGGAGCUCUUUUCCUUUGCCUUCCAUGCGUGGUGUGUAGAUCUUUACACAGGAGAGAAGGAGCAGCAUGGAGAUCUGUGUCGGCCAGGUGAUCACGUGAUGUCCCGUUUCCAUAAUGAAGUAGAGCGGAUGGGCUUCGACACUCAAAACGCCUGGAGGGUCUCUGAGAUCAACAAUAAGUACAAGUUGUGUUCCAGCUAUCCUCAGCUGCUGCUGGUGCCAGCCUGGAUUACUGAUAAGGAGCUGGAGAAUGUGGCGGCCUUUCGCUCCUGGAAGAGGAUUCCAGCCGUGGUUUACAGGCAUCAGAGCACCGGGGCAGUGAUCGCUCGCUGUGGUCAACCUGAAGUCAGCUGGUGGGGCUGGAGGAACGCAGACGAUGAGCAUCUGGUGCAGUCCAUCGCCAGAGCCUGCGCCGUUGACAGCAGCUCCUGUAAAGGUGUCUCUAAUGGUUCCCUGUCCCGCGAGUACACUAAUGGAGCCGACCUCUCAGAUGUGGACUUCGAAUCGUCCAUGACUAACAGCUCAGAGGUGGAGACAUUGGCCAUCCAACCCCGAAAGCUCCUGAUUCUGGACGCCAGGUCAUACGCUGCUGCCGUAGCCAACAGAGCCAAAGGAGGAGGCUGCGAAUGCCCAGAGUACUAUCCCAACUGCGAGGUGGUGUUUAUGGGUAUGGCCAACAUCCAUUCCAUCCGCAAGAGUUUCCAGUCUCUGCGUUUCCUCUGCACCCAGAUGCCUGAUCCAGCCAACUGGCUGUCUGCUCUGGAGAGCACAAAGUGGCUUCAGCAUCUGUCUCUCCUGCUCAAGGCGUCUCUUCUGGUGUCGAAUGCUGUAGAUCGAGACCACCGGCCAGUCCUGGUUCACUGCUCCGAUGGCUGGGAUCGAACCCCUCAGAUAGUCGCGCUGGCCAAACUUCUGCUGGACCCGUACUACCGCACCAUCGAGGGUUUUCAAGUGCUUGUCGAAACUGAGUGGUUGGACUUUGGGCACAAGUUCGCUGACCGAUGUGGUCACGGAGAAAAUGCAGAAGACCUGAACGAGAGAUGUCCAGUCUUCCUACAGUGGCUGGACUGUGUGCACCAGCUCCAGAGACAAUUCCCAUGCUCCUUUGAGUUCAACGAAGCCUUUCUGGUGAAGCUAGUUCAGCACACAUACUCGUGUCUGUUCGGGACGUUCCUGUGUAACAGCGGAAAGGAAAGAGAAGACAGACGCAUCCAGGAGAGAACCUGCUCUGUUUGGUCUCUCCUCAGAGCCGCCAACCGCUCCUUCGGAAACAUGCUGUACUCCUCACAUUCAGAGACCGUGCUUCAUCCUGUGUGUCACGUGCGCAAUCUGAUGUUGUGGACAGCAGUUUACCUUCCCAGCUCUUCACCCACGACCCCUUCAGAUGACUCCUGUGCCCCUUACCCUGCACCCGGUGCCAACCCUGAGGAUCAGCCCCUGGGCAGGCGUCCUAAAACUCGCUCGUUUGAUAACUUGCCCAGUGCUUGUGAAGUUGGAAAUCCACUAACAUCAAAUCGACGUUCCAGUGACCCAAGUUUGAAUGAGAAAUGGCAGGACCAUCGCAGGUCUCUGGAGCUCAACAUUGGGGCUGGGACUGAUGGAGCUGCAUCUCCAGAACCAGAUGAAAGGGUCAACGGACAAACCAUGGUGGGGAUUAUGGGAACAUUCUCCAAUGGGGGCACAGAGAAUGGGGAGGGGCUUAAGGAUGUCAGAUUGCCAAUGAUAGAUGGGGUUGAUGAGGCGGAGCUAACAGUUGGUGUGGCUGUGGGCCAAAUGGAGAACAUUCUCCAGGAAGCCACGAAAGAUGAAUCUGCACCUGAUACUCGCAGUGUCGCAAAGCCUAAUGAAACCUCUGCUGUAAAUGGAAAGACUGAUGAUAUUGCACAGGAAGGUAGAACUGAGGACGAUCUAGAGAGUAAAAGUCUUGAAGACGGGAAUGUCAACGGACAUUGUUCGGAAGAUGGCAAUUCUGAAGCAUCGUCAGCUCUCAGCCAGGAUACUUCAGAAAGCCAGGACUCUGAAGAAAUUGAGAAAUGUACAACACAGGAGGACGAUUCAUCAUGCAACCCAACUAUAUUAACUCCCAACGGCCUCAGGACUCUAACCAAUGGCCAUGGAGUUGAACCAUCCAUUGAGCAAGCCGAAAAACGUCUUUCACUCCUUGAAAGCUCCACAGAGACACUGACCGAGGAUUUGGGCGUUCGACCAGAGAGCCUGGGACCUUUAUCUAUUCCACCCCCUCUCAAAGCCCUCGCCGAAUCAUCGUGCCUCAAACAGGGUCUACGCACAGCAGCCAGAACUUUAAACAACACCCCAAAACGGGCGUCUCUCAGUGCCUUUCCGCCCGCCUCCACUGACCUCCUCCACCCCAUGUGUAACGGAGACUCGCCCGAUCCCGAGCCCUCCACGCCACGCACAAACGGAGAACGAGCCACACUUAGCCGGCAGGUUUCGCUGGCCAGUUGUGGCUCUCUGACCCUCCAUGCACGGGGCACCUGCUCCCACCAUCGCUGCCUGCAUUUGGGGUUUCUGGGCCGGCCGAGCUUCAGUCCUCCAGAGCCUCCAUCAUCCUCAUCCAGGAGCCAUCUGGAUGAUGAUGGGUUGACCCUGCACACGGACGCCAUCCAGCAGAGGCUGCGGCAGAUCGAGGCAGGACACCAGCUCGAGGUGGAGGCUCUGAAGAGGCAGGUUCAGGAGCUCUGGAGUCGGCUGGAGAGCCACCAGGCUGCUGGGAUGCUGCGGCUCAACGGAGACAUCGGAGAUGAAGUGACCUCAAUCACAGACUCUGACUUCAACCUGGAGCCGAACUGUCUGUCGCGCUGCAGCACUGAACUCUUCUCUGAGGCCAGCUGGGAACAGGUGGACAAGCAGGACACUGAGGUGACCCGGUGGUACCCGGACCAUCUGGCUGCUCAGUGCUACGGCUGUGAGAGAGGAUUCUGGCUGGCCACUAGAAAGCACCACUGCAGAGGCAAGGAGCGAAUGGAGGAGGUUUGGAACUGUGGGAACGUGUUCUGCGGGAGCUGCUGCGAUCAGAAGAUCCCGGUGCCGAGCCAGCAGCUGUUUGAGCCCAGUCGAGUGUGCAGGUCGUGUUUCAGCAAUCUGCAGCCGCCAGCGCCCCCUCUGGACCUGGAGCUGGACAAACCCAUCACCGCCAGCUCCAACUGACCCACGGCAGCCUGCAAAAUAACCCAAAAAAGAGACCCAAGCGCUUUCUUUCCCGCCCUAAAGGAAAGGGAAUCAUGUGUAUAUACAUAAAUAUAUAUAUAUAUAUAUAUAUGGCAGGAGGAGCUGGCGUUUGCGGAUCAGACUCUUUUGCGAUGAAACUUGUCCUGUACCUGCUGCAUAGAGGGACUUUUGUUUUGUUUUUCUCCAAGCAAGAUUUUUCUUCCCUCGUCAUCUCACAAGAAAGUAGAUUUAUCAGUGUGAACGGUGCUGUUGGGACGAGACCCCCACAAAAAAAAAAAAAAUCCUGGCUUCAUUUUUCGUUUCUUUUUCCGAGGUUGCACACGUGAUUCUGGAUGCCACAGCGUUCGGACUUCAGAACGCAUCGAAUUAUUAUUAUUAUUACUACAGACUAUUGGUUAGUUAUUCCAAAACAUGUUGACAGGAAGUGACGUCAGCACUAGAGGGCGCUCUUGUCUUUCAGAUCUGCUGGUUUUAGACGCGACGUUCUCACUAAAGCGUUUUUUUUUGUAACAUAAAUGCGAGACAAAUGAGAUAAUAUAUUAGAAUGAUAUACGAAUGAGACAUAUAGCAUUUAAGAUGAGAAAUUGUAUAGAAUUCUUGAAUAGUGGCUCACUAAAUUAGUCACCAACUAUAAGUUGUGUUGUUUUUGUCCCCCAGUUGUAGCCAUUUGGGGUUUGUUUUCCUUUUUUUUUUUUUGUAAAUGUAUUUCUUUUUGCGUUUCGUUCAUUUGUCCAAACAGACGGAUGGAAAUGUUGUAUGCGAUGCUGCGUUUGGGCCCCAGAUGGUGUUUUUGAUAUUUUGGCUCUCGACUCUUAUUUAUUAUCAAGUUUUUUUUUGUUUGAAUUGUAUGUUCAAGCUUGACAAUUGACAACACAGAGGAUAAUCAGUGUUGAUGGAAGACAUUGCACUGAAGAGAUCAGAGAAAAGACGCACAAAUUCACAGUCAUGCUUUUCUUUUUUGUUUGGCUUCCCAUUUUACUCACUUUUUGAAUAAAUCAGAUCACGUUUGGAGGAUAAUUCUCUCCAAGACUUGAUUUCAUUUCGUCCCCAAACAAACGUCUUUUUCAGUGCAGAACGAGAAUUAUAGAGGAUUUCAAAGCAACUUUUGAGAGAGGUGUUGAGAGAGCUCUGACUUAAAAAAUAUAUAUAAUUAUAUAAUAUAAAAUCACUCUCUUUUUUUCUUUUUUUUUUUUGCUUCUCAUUUUAUUCAAUUUUGAAUAAAUCAGAUCAGUUUUUGAAGAUUAAUUCUCAUAUACUUGCUUCCAUGUCUUCUAAAAUAGCUUUUUUUCUGUUCAGAAUGAGAACUAUUUGUACAAUGGCGUUGAGUUGAAUGGUGUUGCUCCUCUUAAAUUUUUUAGAGCUUGAAAGAAAGUCAAGAAAAACAAAUGGAAAAAAAAAAAAUAUAUAUAUAUAUAUAUAUAUAUAUAUAUAUAUAUAUAUAUAUAUAUAUAUAGCCACGAAAUGGCAAAACCCCAGGUAAAUAAUGAAAACUUUUUUUUUAAUUGUGGUUCAAGCUUGACAAAUCGUCCACUCACAGAGGAUAAUCAGUGUUGAUGGAAGACAUUGCACUGAAGAGAUCGGAGAAAAGACGCACAAAUUCAGUCAUGCUUUUCUUUUUUGUUUGGCUUCCCAUUUUACUCACUUUUUGAAUAAAUCAGAUCACGUUUGGAGGAUAAUUCUC